AAUUUUGCAAUUUUGCAAAUAAAUAAAAAUAAAGUGUUUUAGAUUUUGUAUAAAAAACAAAUGGAAUGAAAGGAAAUUAAGUUUUGCUUUGAAAUAAAUGUCAAAAGUGUAUAAAAAGAUAAGUGACACAGAAAAUAUCAACAAAUACCUAUAAAGCAUUGGGUGUUAUACGCGGAGCAAAGAGGUUGUUGGCUAGCUUUUGAAUGAAAAGUUAGCCCAAGGCAUAAAUAAACGGAAGCUUUAAUGAAUUGGUAGUAAAAUUGAUUAAUAAAUUCCGGCCAGAUAAGACUUAUCGACAAAGUCUAAACAGUCCAAAGCAUUAGUGGAAGAAGAAGUGAAUUGGAAAUUAGUGUUUAUAACAAAACAUGAGCAAUUGGGCUAUACGGCCUACAUUAAUUGUAGUAGCUAUGUGAAGAUUUCUUUUGAGUCUUCCAGCCACCUCCAACUAACAACAAUAACCACGUCCACACAUUAUUGUUAUUAUUAGUCAUAUUUUUGUAGAACAAAAUCUGUCUAACAACUGCUUCUUGCCUAUUGCCGUCGUCUUUUUCUCAAAGGAAAAUCUCUCAAGUAUCUGUUAUUUUUCGCAGUACACACAUUUGCUGCUGUCGUCCCCCACCAACCAGUUUUCAAUCAUUAACCAUAACAAAAAUAACAACGACCAAAGCAGGCAGCACAAAAACACCAACAAACAAAAUAUGACAUUUGACAGUGAUGUACCUAUGAGAGAUUUCGAAGAGUCUGACGAUGGCAGCGAUUCAGAGACUGAAUUGCUCAUACGCCACCAUGAUGGCAGAACAACAACACAAGCAUACCAACACCACCAUCAACAACCACAACAUGGCUCUCUCUUCUACUCAACAAAAACAGCUGCUGCAGCACACGGUGGGGGCAAUCGCAAGACAAAUUUUCUCAGUCAACUGUUUGAUAUUGUUGGCGGCACAUCGUCCAAAUUCGAUUUGGUUCGCAAUACGAAGAAUAAUAACGGCAACAAAAAUAACAACAACAGCGGCACCAGCACCCAGCAAACAAAAUACUCGUCGUCGUCGUCGCGUUUAGGGGGUGACAAUCACGGUGGUGCUCAAAUUCGUUUUAGAAAUGAACGCAGUCGUGAGCGGUACUCAACACAAGCGGCUAAUAUUACAACGGGGCUAAAUAAUGCGGCUCAAGCCGCCGCCGGCAUAUACGGUAAUCACAACAACAACUCGUCGUCCUCCUCGUACAGUUUAAAUUUUGAAGCGGGAAUGACGGGCACAUAUAAUAAUCAUUAUAGCGAUUCAUUGCAAAUGUCCAACAUGGAAACCCAACCAAAAAAAUCAGCAACCGCACCUACCUCGCCGGCCAGCGUUGAUGCAACAUCAACAAUGGCAGCAGCAGCAACAGCGGCAAAUGGUCAAAAAGCCAACAUUGAUGCGGAUAGUGGUUCUGCAGUGUUCUAUCAGAAAAAUCGACGGAAAAGUAAAAGACGCAGUUUUGGCAAUAUGUGUAAAAUGUGUUUGUGUGGUUGCUGGCGAAAAUGGUUUGCACCACGUGAGUUGCGUGCCCGCACUGUCCAUCUGGGAAGGGCAACCACUGAAAAAUUCCCACCGAAUGAAAUUCGUAAUCAAAAGUACAAUUUCAUAUCGUUCCUGCCUUUGGUACUCUUUGGACAAUUUCGUUUCUUUUUGAAUUUGUAUUUUCUGAUCAUGGCUCUCUCUCAAUUUAUACCGGACAUACGCAUUGGCUAUCCCUACACGUACUGGGGCCCUCUGGGAUUUGUGCUGACGGUGACAAUAUGUCGUGAGGCUAUCGAUGAUUAUCGACGUCAUCAACGAGAUCGUGAAGUGAAUUCACAGAAAUAUAAACGCUUAAUAAUAUCGGAUACGCGAGGUUAUGAGAUGGUACCUUCGUCCAAGCUGAAGGUGGGCGAUAUGAUCAUAGUGGAGAAGAAUGAAAGAGUGCCGGCAGAUUUGGCAUUGUUGCGUACCAGUGAUCGAAGUGGCUCCGUUUUUGUGAGAACCGAUCAAUUGGAUGGUGAAACUGAUUGGAAAUUACGCUUAGCGGUACCUUCGACCCAAAAACUCAACAAGGACUCUGAUCUGUUCAAUAUUGAUGCCAGUAUCUACAUUGAAAAGCCCCAAAACGAUAUUCACUCGUUUAUAGGAAACUUCUCCAUGACCGAUGGCAGUGAGGAUACUGGCCUUAAUGUUGAGAAUACUUUGUGGGCCAAUACUGUGGUGGCUGCUGGUACGGCAACGGGCAUUGUUAUCUAUACAGGCUGUGAAACGAGAAGUGUUAUGAACAAUUCUCAGCCCAGAUCCAAAGUGGGACUGCUGGAUAUGGAAAUAAAUGGUUUGACAAAGGUCCUCUUCUGUGCUGUUUUGGGUCUCUCGCUGGUCAUGAUGAUGUUGAAGGGCUUCAGUGGCCCCUGGUAUCGUUACAUGUUUCGCUUUGUCUUGCUUUUCUCCUACAUCAUACCCAUUAGCCUUAGGGUUAAUCUGGAUAUGGGCAAAGCCUUCUAUUCCUGGCAAAUGCAAAAUGAUCCCGAAAUUCAAGGCACUGUGGUACGCUCAACCACCAUACCCGAGGAAUUGGGCCGCAUAUCCUAUGUGCUGACAGACAAAACGGGUACCUUGACACAAAACGAAAUGGUAUUCAAGAAAAUCCAUUUGGGCAUUGUUUCCCAUGACAGCGAUACUUUUCAUCAUGUAUCGGAAAUUAUAGGCUCUCUUGCGCCCACUAUAUUUGGUUCGAGCACUGCAACCGAGACCAAUACCAAGACAGCUAUUUACAAUAAUCGUUUGCGUCGACCUGAGGGCUGGCGUGAAUGGGAAGCUGUUAAGGCUUUGGCCUUGUGUCACAAUGUUACUCCUGUAACAGAUGAAGACGACAACCGCUCGGUUUCCACCUCUUCCACAUUUACAUCCGGAGGAGGUUCGGCUUCGCCCACCAAGUCUGUGAUAAAUAUGGAUGUGGCUCAGACCAAUGAACACCAGUACCAGGCCUCCUCGCCUGAUGAAAUUGCUUUGGUCAAAUGGACCGAACAGGUGGGUCUUACACUUAUUGCUCGUGACAUCACCUCGAUGACAUUGCAGCUGAAAGCCCAUCACAGAGGCAGUGACCAAUACCAAGUGGACGAUGAUGCUUUAUUGCAUUUUCAAAUAUUGCAAAUCUUCCCCUUUACAAGUGAGAGCAAGCGCAUGGGCAUCAUAGUUAAGGACUCGCAGUCGGGAGAGAUUACCUUCUAUUUAAAGGGGGCAGAUGUUGUUAUGCAAACCAUAGUACAAUACAACGAUUGGUUGAGUGAAGAGUCGGGAAACAUGGCUCGCGAAGGAUUGCGCACCUUGGUGGUGGCCAAGAAGGUAUUGAGCGAAGAGCAAUACAACGACUUUGAGACAAGAAUCAAUGCGGCGGGCAGCAGUAAAAUCGAUAGGGCGGCCAAAGUGGCAGCUGUGGUGGAAUCGUUGGAAAGAGAAAUGGAACUAUUAUGUUUGACUGGCGUUGAGGAUCGCCUUCAGGAGGGUGUUAGACCUACACUUGAACUUCUAAGAAAUGCUGGGGUGCGUGUCUGGAUGUUAACUGGUGAUAAGCUGGAGACCGCCUGCUGCAUUGCUAAAUCUUCCCAAUUGAUUGGCCGCAAUCAAGGUCUUCACGUCUUAAGACCUGUAAAGACUCGUACCGAUGCUCAUUUGGAACUGAAUCAAUUUCGACGCAAACAAGGCCAUGCCUUGGUUAUUUCCGGCGAGUCCUUGGAAGUGUGUCUUCAAUACUAUCGCAUUGAAUUCUUAGAAUUGGCCACCGCCUGUCCUGCUGUUGUGUGUUGUCGCUGUAGCCCCACCCAGAAAGCCCAGGUGGUGCAGCUGAUACAGCGUCAUACAGGAAAACGCACCUGCGCCAUAGGUGAUGGUGGCAAUGAUGUCAGCAUGAUACAACAAGCUGAUGCCGGUGUGGGUAUAGAAGGACGUGAGGGCAGACAGGCCUCUUUGGCUGGUGAUUUUAGUUUGCCUCAGUUUUCACACAUAGCCAAACUGUUGCUGGUCCAUGGUCGACGUUCUUACAAACGCUCAGCGGCUCUAUCGCAGUUUGUCAUACAUCGCGGUCUAAUCAUCACCACUCUACAGGCGGUCUUUUCGGCUGUAUUCUAUUUGAGUUCGGUGGCUUUGUAUCAAGGUUUCCUUAUGGUGGGCUAUUCCACUCUAUACACCAUGUUUCCGGUAUUCUCCUUGGUGUUGGAUCAAGACAUUACUUCGACCACGGCUGUAACCUACCCUGAACUCUAUAAAGAUCUCUCCAAGGGUCGAAGUUUGAGUUACAAAACCUUCUUCAUUUGGGUGCUGAUAAGCAUCUAUCAGGGAGGUGUCAUAAUGUAUGGAGCCUUGAUAUUAUUCGAAGAUGAAUUCAUCCACAUUGUGGCUAUAAGUUUCACUGCUCUUAUAAUGACCGAACUUAUUAUGGUGGCUUUAACUGUGAGAACGUGGCAUAGACUAAUGGUGCUGGCCGAAUUAUUCAGUUUAGCUUUAUAUCUUAUCUCCCUAUUUGUUUUACACGAGUAUUUUGAUUGGGAAUUUAUUUCCUCAUACGAUUUCCUGUGGAAGGUCUCCAUCAUCACCCUGGUAUCCUGUUUACCUUUGUAUAUAAUUAAAUUUUUACGCAAAAAAUGUUCACCGCCUUCGUAUUUGAAACUGACAUAAAUCUAUCAUUCUGCCUCGAGUGUGAGAGUGUGUGUUUGUCGGUUUUAUUUGGGACGACACAUUUUAUAUGAGAGUUUUUUAUGUUAUUUUCAUAAUAUACCUAUUAUGUUUAUAUAAAGUAAUUUUAAUAAUUCUAGGCAUAAAUUAUAGCAUAUAAAUCUAUUAUCAAUUAUACAAAACCCCCUCACAAUUUGUUUAAGUUUUUUUUUUAUUAUUAUUAUUUAAAGCAAAUUUUGUUAAUUACUUGUGUUUUUAUUAUUAACUAUUAUGUUUAGCAAGCUUUAAGUUCCACCACCCAAAAACCACAAGAGAAAAAACAAAAGAAAAACUAAAAAAGGAAACUUGAAUUUAAACAAAAAAAGUACUAGGUAACUAAGGCAUAGCGCAAGAGCGAUUCCGAGUUCCUUUACCAGGAAAUCUCAUUUUGCGAAAAAAAAAAUUAUUAGACUUAUAAUUUAAAGGAAAAUCAGUGUUAAAUCAAAUUUAAUGCAUUUUCUCUUAAGCUUGUGUUUUUCCAAAUGUGUGUUUGUUUUUUUCAAUUUUACAAAAACCAAAAAAAAAAAACAAAUUACAAAAAAAAAAAAAAAAAAAAAAAAACAAAAAAGUGAUAAUUAAUUUAGUUUUUAUCUCAUGUUGCUAAAAAAUAACAAGAAAUAAAUAGAAUAUUUAAUAAAUUCCAAGCAUAGAUGAUGUCAUACUUCCUUUUUUCUCUACUACAUUUAAAACAGCUUUGUGACCCUCAACCCCCUCCCCCCACAAAAAAAGAAAACUUUUAUUCAAAUAAAUAAAUUCUUUGUAAAUGCAUUUCUUCUAAGUUCCGUUAUUUGCAAUUUUAUUUUUUCCCCCAUUUUAUGUUAAUUUUUUGUUAUAACAAUCAACCAAAUAUUAUAAACAAAAGCCUAUUGUAUUAUUGAUAAAAGAAGAUUGAACAACAAAAUCAUUGAAAAGAAAACAACUAAUUUUUUUUAAAUUUAUUUACACAAAACAACAUAAAAAUAUUCCCAAGAGAUAUAUUGAAAAGUUAUAUACAUUUUGAUGAGAGAAUGAAUGAAAUAAAUUUUUAUCUUUUAAAUUAAAAUUAUCUAAGUCUUUAAGUGAGCGCUCUCAAACCCAACCAUUGAGGAACAUGAACAAGAAUGCUAUUAAAAAUACAACAACAACAAAAUGUGAAACUAACGAUUAUUAAGAUUUAACAAACAAAAAACCAAGUUAUAUGUAUUAUAAUAAUAAAAAUGAGAAACAUGUCAAUAAGAAAACGAAUAAAAAAAUAAAAAUUAAAUCCAACAAAAUACACAUUAA